AUGCUUGUAUCCACUCUCUUCACCGUCACUCUUUUACAGACAGUUAGUGCAUCAAUAGUAUGGAAAGCCAACAUACAUAUUGUCAACAAUUACAUACAACCAGAUGGAUUCAAUCGCUCGUACUUCCUCCAUGCUGUUCUUGCUGGUACCUCGUCGACAGUUGGGACAUUCCCUGGACCUCUUAUUGUUGGCACCAAGGGUAGCACAUUCUUCUUGAAUGUAGCCGAUCACCUGACCGACACGACAAUGUUGAGAAGCACUAGCAUCCAUUGGCACGGCAUGUUCCUGCAUGGCUCCAGCUGGGCAGAUGGUCCAGUUGGAGUGACACAAUGCCCCAUCUCCCCUGGCAACUCAUUUUUAUACCAGUUCUCUGUUCCUGAUCAGGCUGGAACCUUUUGGUACCAUUCCCACCAUGUACCCAUGCAAUAUUGCGACAGCUUGAGAGGCACUUUGGUGGUUUACGAUCCUUAUGACCCAUACAGGCAUUUGUAUGAUUUUGAUAAUGAAUCAACUGUCAUUACACUCGCAGACUGGUACCAUCUAUUCACUGUGAACGGGGCAACUUUUCAACCACCUACAGUACUUGUUCUUCUACAGAUCCUAAGAAUGUUUUUGAAAUAUGUAGGAAUACUAUGA